AUUUAACAAAUUUUUUUCUAAAUUUACUUAUAAUUAUAAGUGUUUACAAUUAUAAGUGAAAAAAUAAAAUUUUUCAGUGAUGAUUAUGUAAAUACAAUAACGUUAGGUUAUGUAGAUUGUCAACAUCAAUUAUAUUUAUUUCUGUUCAUAAUUAACGUUAAUAAUAUCCGCUCGAAACGUAUAAUGGAACUUGGCGACCUGAUACUUAUUCCAAAACUUGAUAAUGUUGUAUUAGUAGAUAAAAGUGAUGGAAAUGGUAAAAGUAUAGAUGGAAGACUAUGUAUUAGUAGUCACCAUCUUCUUUGGUCUUCGCGACAAGACAAUGGUCAAGAGCUUUGGUUAUUAUAUAGAAGUAUUGACCUGAUAGAAAAGAAAUUAAAUGCCCAGAGUCCUGGUGGUAGCAUUAUAUUAAAAUGUAAAGAUUUUCAUAUUCUUCAAUUAGAUAUCAAUUCAACAGAUGACUUAACGAAUGUUGCACUCUCUAUAGAGAUGCUAACUUCACAAGAGCAAACUUUACAGUAUCCUUUUUUUAAUAGACCACAAGCUACUAAUAACACUAUUAUUCAAAUAGAAGAUGGAUGGACUGCGUUUACUCCAGUAUCAGAAUGGUCCAGAUUGUUAACUGCUUAUGCAGAUGAAUGGCGUAUAAGUUAUUUAAAUAAAGACUAUAAAGUUUGCAAUUCUUAUCCUUCUGCUGUUAUAGUACCACGUCAGAUAGAAGAUAAAAUUAUAAUAUCAUCUGCCAAUUUUAGAGAUGGUGGACGAUUUCCAGUUUUAUGUUAUAGACACGAAGGAGGAAGUAUCUUGUUAAGAAGUAGUCAACCAAUGUGUGGCACAAAUAAGAGAUGCAAGGAAGAUGAAAGAUUAUUAAAUGCAGUGUUAGGGCCAGGAAGACGUGGUUAUAUAAUAGAUACAAGAUCUAUUAGUCAAGCUCAAAGUUCUAGAGCUAAGGGUGGUGGUACAGAAAUAGAUGCUGCCUAUCCGCAGUGGCGGAAAGUACACAAAGUGGUUCCGCGACCUCAUGAAUUAGCAGAUAGUUUUUUUAAAUUGAUAGAAGCUUGUAAUGAUAUAACAUGUUCUACUUCUCAAUGGAUCUCGAAACUUGAUAACAGUGGGUGGUUAUCUGCUAUACAAAGUGCUUUAAAUGCUGCUUGUGUAACUGCUCAGUGUCUCCAUCAAGAAGUUGCAGCUGUAUUAGUUCAUGGUAGUGCUGGUAGAGAUUCUACUUUAGUGGUAACCAGUUUAGCACAAGCAAUAUUAAAUCCUGAUUGUAGAACAGUACGUGGUCUCCAAGCUUUAAUCGAACGUGAAUGGAUACAAGCUGGUCAUCAAUUUUUUAGUCGUACACGUUAUGGGCCAUAUCAUCCAUCAAAUUCGCAAAGUUCAACGCAUGCCCCGACUUUUCUUCUUUUUCUUGACUGUCUUUACCAACUUCAUUACCAAUUUCAAUUUAGUUUUGAAUAUACAGUAGAAUUAUUGAUUGAAUUGUACAAUCAUGCAUAUUUUUCUAAUUACGGAACAUUUUUGGGUGAUUCAGAAGCAGAGAGAGUUAAACUUCGAUUAUCCGAACGAACGUGUAGUUUAUGGUCAUAUAUAAAUCAACCAGAAAUAUUGGAAAAAUGGUUGAAUCCUCUGUAUGAACCAAACUCAGGAGUUAUUUGGCCUAGCGUUGCACCUGUUAGUAUUCAAUUAUGGAAAGAACUUUAUCUUGGUCAUACAAGCGUUGCUCCAUGGAAAAGUUUAUUGUCAUGGAUAAAACAAAUAAAACAAAACUAUAUGGCAGUACGAAAAAUUGCCAGUCAAUUACAAAUUCAGAUUAAAAGAGCAAUAGAGGAAAUGCGUUCAAACUCUGAUAUAUGUUAUGAUGAGGAGAAUCAAGAUGAGCAUACUUGUAUAGCACAAUUAAGUCUAGAAUCUCAAAGUACCUGAUGUAUACCAUAAACAUUGCAAAAAGGAAAAAUUUCAUUUUGUAUAAUAUACAAUAUUAUAAUUUGGACAUAUUUAUAACAUAAAGUAAAAUAUUUAGCAAAUGUUUGUCAAA